CUCCGCUGCAGUGGGGGCGAAUUAGGGUUCUUGAGGGGUUUUUGCGGGCACGAUGGGUGCGUGGCGGAGGUUGCUGGCGUCUGCUCUUGUCACUGGAAGGAGCCGCAUUCUCAGUCCCCAGUCGCAUCACUCUCGUCUCUUGGCGCCUCGGCUCGUGGAUUUCUUCCCAGGCACGCCGGCAGCAUUCCAGGGCUUUCAAGGCGUCCAAAGAAGAAUGUCGACGACCACGGCAACGUCAGCGGCGGCGGCGGCGGCUGGGCAGCCCGAUGCUGCUGCUACGUCUACUGCCGAGAAACCUUUGGCCGAGGGAGUAGAGGAGGAAGAAACCAAGCAAGCUAAGACCGAAACACCAGUUUCUGGCGAGCCGAAAGUCGUUCGCCGCAACCCAGUGUCGUGGCUAAGUUUCUUCCUUCUGGUAGCCACAGCCGCAGCAUUGCUGUUCGUGUUUGAACGAGAGAAGAAGAAAGCGCUGGACGCGAUCAGGAACAAGGAGAUGGACGUAAAGUAUGGCCCCUCGGUCGGGAAAGCAGCGAUCGGAGGCCCAUUCAAGCUCGUCAACCACGAAGGCAAGACGGUGACAGAGAAAGAUUUCCUGGGGAACUGGACGCUCAUGUAUUUCGGGUUUACAUCAUGCCCGGACAUCUGUCCCGACGAACUGCAAAAGAUGGUGCAAGCGAUCGACGCUGUAGAUAAAAAAUCUGGCUUGAAGAUUGCCCCGUUGUUUGUGUCUGUGGAUCCAGAGCGCGACUCGGUGGAGCAGAUGAAAGAAUACGUGCAAGAGUUUCAUCCCAGGCUAGUGGGAUUAACCGGAGCUCCCGAAGAUAUCAAGCAGGUGGCAAAGUCGUUUCGGGUCUACUACAUGAAGACUGGGGACGAAGGCGAUGACUAUCUGGUGGAUCACUCCAUCAUAAUGUAUCUCAUGGACCCGAAAAUGGAGUUUGUGAAUUUUUUUGGAAAGAACUACACCGUGGACGAGCUGUCGCAGGGAAUCAUGGACGAGGUGAAGAGUCAUGGAAAGACGAAGCGGAGCUAAACCAUGUCUAGGAAAGUUUUGGGCGUAGGGUGUUUUAAGGCUUAGUAUAAUGUGGAGAAGGAAAACCGAGGAGGGUUUGUAGCUCAAUGGCGGGCUUGUCAA